AUGCCAGCUACACUAGAUUUACGUGAAGAACUUACGUUUUACAAAAGAUAUCAUAAGCAGCGUGCAAAUGUGAUUAUCCAUAUGAUAUUUGUACCAACGAUUCUGUAUUCUGGUAUGGUGAUUUUACACCAAGUCAAGCUGUACAAAGGGUACACUCUGACACACUUCCUCGCAGUACUCUUCGUAAUGUACUAUGUUGCGCUGAGUCGGCGAGUUGGGUCGCUAUUGUCGUGCAUUCUGGUCGCGACCCUGCAUGGUAUCGACACGGGUUCGCUUUCGGUUUCUCCACGCACUGCAUACAUGCUGUUCGUGCUCGGAUGGAUAUUUCAGUUUAUUGGGCAUGGCUAUUUUGAAGGCAGGAAGCCCGCACUUCUCGACAGCUUUGUGCAGAGUCUGGUCACUGCACCACUCUUCAUACUAUUUGAGGUGUUAUUUCACCUUGGAUUCUAUCCUGACCUAAACGCAGAGCUCCAGAGACGGAUUGAUGGUGAAAAGAAGCCGGGUCUAUGA